CAUCAAUUGCUCUUUUAUAUUCAUACCAAAACGUCUCAAACCCUCCGCAAUCCCUUCCGACAAGUAACCGCGACAAUGUCACCCCCAACCACCACCAAUUGGACCCUCACAUCCCACCUCCUCACAACCCACACCUCCAAAUUCACCCUAGCAACCCAAUCCGCCUUCCUCCGCGAAGCCGCCUCAGGAACCCUCCCAAAAUCCACAAUCUCCUCAUGGCUCGCAAAUGACCGCCUCUACAUGCUCGGCUACAUCCGCCUCACCGGCGAGCUCCUGCGCAUCAUCAAAUUGCCCAACAAGCCCACGCCUAGCAAGGACGCCGGCACCAUUGAAGUCCGACUCCUGGAUUGGCUCGUCGAUGCGCUUGUGAAUAUCCGCCGUGAGGAGCGGUUUUUCAUGGAUGUUGCUGAGCGCUUUGGUAUUGAUGUCGAUAUUUCAUCGGAAGGCGGAGGGGUGCCGGAGGAGCGGAAGGUUGAGGGUUUGAAGAAGUUCGAGAAGAUCUUUGAUAAGUUGACGACGGGUGCGCAGCCUAAGUCUUUCUUGCCGUGGUUGGAGGGCGUGGUGACGUUUUGGGCGACGGAGAAGGUGUACUUUGAGGCGUGGUCUUGGGCGAAGAGGCAGGCGGAGGGUGCGGAUGCGGAUGUGAGUAAGGAUCAGGAUGGUGGAGCUAUGAGGACGGAGUUUAUUCCCAAUUGGACGAACGAUGAGUUUAUCAAGUUUGUGGAUACGCUUGAGACGUUGUUGAAUGAGGGUGUGGAAGAGGCUGUGAAGGGUGAUGAGGAGUUGAAGAAGCAGGUCAUUGAUAGAGCAUCGGGGGCCUGGUUCGAGUUGUUAGAUGCUGAGGAAAACUUCUGGCCUAAGAUAUAAGAUUCUCAUAAUUAUUAUAGACACUAGAUCACCCGCUUCCUAAAAGUCAGCAUUUAUUUGGAAAUAGUUCCAGGGCUUUGUUGGGCAAAGAUUUUGUCUCCUCUACGAAACUCUUCAGCCAGUAUUGGCUUUUAUCUGUAUUUUCAGUCGAUUUGAAUCAUGCAUUUGUAGAAAGCCCAAUAAUGCCAGCCCCAACUCGAGGU